CCCUGACCUCGGGUGAUCUGCCCACCUUGGCCUCCCAAAGUGCUGGGAUUACAGGCAUGAGCCACCAUGCCCAGCCACGCCCUGCCUCUUUUUAGAGUUUGAUAAGUUCUUUGAUUAAGAUGCACUGCAGGAAAAGGAUGUUUCUGUGAAUAGCCACAAAGACUUCCUCUAGAUUCCUGAAGGGAUUGAUGUCAUUUCCCAAAAGGCCAAAUAUAUUUCAACAAAUUAAUCUUCAUUGAAUACCUACUUUAUGCCCAGCAAUCUUUUAAAUUUGAGGAGAAAGAAUAUGAUAUCAUCAUGGUCCUUAAAGAACUUAGGAUAACAAUGAUUGAUACUAAGCACUUACAAAAUACUAUAUACUCUGCUACUGACCUUAUAUACAUAUUGUUUCACUUAGUACUUACAGAACCUGAGGCUUGUAUUACUGUGUCCAUUUUACAGACAAAGAAACUGAGGUUCAGAGAAGUGUAGUAACUUGCUAAGUGGCGGGGCAAGGAUUUUACUCUAAAUGCUUGACUCCAAAGCCCAUAGUCUGCUUCCCUGAGGUGCAGUUGGAGAGGCAAGAUGGACUCCUGUGAAAACACAUACUUAUCACCAAAAUAGAUGGUGUCUGGCAAUGGAUGCAAAGCUGUAGGGAUAGUUAAUGUGUGAAAUGUCUGGAUCUAGAGUCUAAAGAUCUUGGCAGACGGGUAGAACAGAUAAAAGUAGUGAAAUGAAAUUUACUGGAGAUAAAUGCAAAAUCCCCCAUUUAAGUAAAAAUCAGCUCUUGAAGUCCUGAGGAGGGGAAAAAUGGUUUAAUAGCACUCUAUGUAGGGAAAAAAGGACUUAGGAAUUUUAGUUAUCUGCAGGUUCAAGAUGGGUCUGCAGUAGAACAAUGUGGCCAAUGUAAACACUAAUGUACCCUGAUGUUGUAUUAAUAAAAAUAUGGAAUCCACUGCAAAAUAAAUGAGGACAACAAGAUGAUCAGGGAACUGGGAGUUUGGUCAUUUGAGAAAUGACUGAAUGAAUUAGGGGUUUUUGGCCUUCAGAUAUUUGAUUCUUGUGGCGGAAGGGUUACACUUAUUCUACCGACCUCCAGAGGAAAGUCCUGGGCCCCGACCAAAGCGUGGAAGAUCUGGGCUCCACAGAAAAUGUCAUAGAACUAACUAUUCCAGAAUGAUUCAGGCUGCCUGGUGAGGUCGUGAAGUGUGGAAGCAGACGCUGAGUGCUGUUGUGAGAGGGAUUCUAUGGCUCCAAGGGCUGCAGGAGUUCAGAGCAGAGGAGACUCAGGGAGGGCUGGAGGCAUCAGAGGCGGUUCACUGGGAAACUGGAAUGUGGUAGGAUUUAGAAGGUUGCUGAGGAAAGAGUAUUCUAGGUGAGGAAAACAACAUAUGAGAAGAUGAAGGGAGUGGCAUCUUUAAAAGCUUCCUUUAUUUUUUGACUAGGACAUGGCUUGAGUAUGACCUUGUGCUAAUUGGGCAGGAGGAGCAAGAUUGAAUAAAGGGAUUCUAGGCCAGUGUCUAAUCCUGUAACACUUAGAUUGGAGGCAGGAGAACUUUUUCAGGUACCAUUUUUAUUUUCUGCCAGGAUAUUUGAUAAGCGAGCAUUAACCUAAUACAUGACCCAAGCUGUGUCUCAUUUGCAGGAGACUGACUUCAGCAUGAUGAAACAAACAGGCAUCUCAUCUCUUUUAUUCUUACUUAAAAACCCCAGCCUGCCUGAGCUGUUGGAAAGGAGAGCUGUGAGCUAUUGAACGUUGUUAACCAUGUGUUGCAUGACAUGUUGAGUUUUAAAAGACAAGUGGUUGAGGUUAGGUCAACUCAUGUCCCCCCUCCACUGUGGUGGGACCACUCUGGAAAGGCAAGAGGGACCCCCCCACCCCAGGUUUAGUUCAGAUGUGGAAACUGAUGGUACCUCACAUGUGCACACAUCGAAAUGGUCUGUAGCUUACCUAUCUGAAGUCUCUGGGAGACAGGGCAGGCCUGUCAAGCAGUGUGAAAUGGCCUGAACGAGCCAGGCAGAGACCAGGUUUUCCUGAGUUUAAGGGGUGGGGUCAGUGCACAGGUGGCCAGGGCCUUGCCACUUUUAAAUCUCCCCUGCUGCCAAAGGAGGGAGCACCUGAGCCUUCUUAGCAGCCUGCCCAGGUGUGGGACAGAAGGGGCAGAGGGAGGGCGGGGGUUAAAGGCUGUGAGCAGUCAGAUCAAAAAUGAAGCUAGCUCUUCCUCACAGCCUGUAGAGGGAAGUCAUUUUUCCAGGGCCUGGAAGGAGCUGGUAUGAAGACUAGAUUCCACCCAGCCCUUGCGCCCUGUUUCUGCCAGCGGGCACCAGCAAACCGAAAGCAGGUGUCCAUGUCUGCUUACUCUGUGCCUUCACCUUUUGCCCAGGCCUCAUUGCCAGUGCAUAACCAGGUGCUGCCUUCCAUCGAGAGUGUGGAUGGCUCCGACCCUUUGGCAACUCUGCAGACCCCUCUAGGCAGACUGGAGGCCAAAGAGGAAGAGGAUGAGGAUGAGGAUGAGGACACUGAGGAAGAUGAGGAAGAAGACGGAGAGGACACAGAUCUGGAUGACUGGGAGCCAGACCCGCCCCGGCCCUUCGACCCGCACGACUUAUGGUGUGAAGAGUGCAAUAACGCACAUUCUUCAGUGUGCCCAAAGCAUGGCCCCUUGCACCCGAUCCCCAACCGGCCGGUGCUCACCCGUGCGAGGGCGAGCCUGCCCCUGGUGCUUUACAUAGACAGGUUUCUGGGCGGCGUGUUCUCCAAGCGGCGCAUCCCCAAGCGCACCCAGUUCGGCCCCGUGGAGGGGCCUCUCGUCAGGGGCUCGGAGCUGAAAGACUGUUAUAUUCACCUCAAGGUUUCUCUUGAUAAAGGGGACAGAAAAGACAGGGAUUUACAUGAAGACCUAUGGUUUGAGUUGUCUGAUGAGACGCUUUGUAACUGGAUGAUGUUUGUACGGCCAGCCCAGAAUCACCUGGAGCAGAACCUGGUGGCUUACCAGUAUGGCCACCAUGUGUAUUAUACAACCAUAAAGAAUGUGGAGCCCAAGCAGGAACUGAAGGUGUGGUAUGCCGCGUCCUAUGCUGAGUUCGUGAACCAGAAAAUUCAUGACAUAUCUGAGGAAGAAAGGAAAGUUCUUCGGGAGCAAGAGAAGAAUUGGCCCUGCUAUGAAUGUAACCGCCGAUUUAUAAGCUCGGAGCAGUUGCAACAGCAUCUCAAUUCUCAUGAUGAGAAACUAGAUGUGUUUAGCAGAACAAGAGGCAGAGGAAGGGGACGAGGCAAGAGGCGAUUUGGUCCAGGUCGACGGCCAGGGCGUCCUCCAAAAUUUAUCCGCCUGGAAAUCACCAGCGAAAAUGGGGAAAAGAGUGACGAUGGGACACAGGACUUGCUACAUUUUCCCACAAAGGAGCAAUUUGAUGAGGCUGAACCAGCCACUCUGAAUGGGCUGGAUCAACCAGAACAGACCACUAUCCCAAUCCCUCAGCUGCCACAAGAAACCCAGUCUUCCCUGGAACAUGAACCAGAAACUCACACCCUGCAUUUGCAGCCGCAGCAUGAAGAAAGCGUGGUGCCCACCCAGAGCACGCUGACAGCCGACGACAUGCGCAGAGCCAAGCGCAUCCGAAAUGCAGCUCUUCAGCAUCUGUUUAUUCGGAAGUCCUUCCGGCCUUUUAAAUGCUUGCAGUGUGGGAAGGCCUUCCGGGAAAAGGACAAACUGGACCAGCACUUGCGCUUCCAUGGGCGGGAGGGGAACUGCCCACUGACCUGUGACCUCUGUAACAAGGGCUUCAUCAGCAGCGCAUCCUUGGAGAGCCACAUGAAGCUCCACUCAGACCAGAAGACUUACUCUUGCAUUUUUUGCCCAGAAUCCUUUGACCGCCUUGAUUUGUUGAAAGAUCAUGUGGCCAUUCAUAUCAAUGAUGGCUACUUCACCUGCCCAACUUGUAAGAAACGGUUCCCAGAUUUUAUCCAGGUGAAAAAGCACGUGCGCAGCUUCCACUCAGAAAAGAUCUACCAGUGCACAGAGUGUGACAAGGCCUUCUGUCGCCCCGACAAACUGCGACUCCACAUGCUCCGGCAUUCGGACCGCAAAGACUUCCUGUGUUCCACCUGUGGGAAGCAAUUUAAGCGAAAAGACAAACUACGGGAACACAUGCAGAGGAUGCAUAAUCCUGAGAGGGAGGCCAAGAAAGCCGACCGCAUCAGCCGCUCCAAGACGUUCAAGCCUCGCAUCACGUCCACAGACUACGACAGCUUCACGUUCAAGUGCCGCCUUUGCAUGAUGGGCUUCCGCCGGCGCGGCAUGCUGGUAAAUCACUUGUCAAAGAGACACCCAGACAUGAAGAUAGAAGAGGUGCCAGAGUUAACUCUACCCAUCAUAAAACCCAAUCGUGAUUACUUUUGUCAGUAUUGCGAUAAGGUUUAUAAAAGCGCCAGCAAGCGCAAAGCCCACAUUCUGAAGAACCACCCAGGAGCCGAGCUCCCACCGAGCAUCCGGAAGCUCCGGCCCGCUGGUCCCGGAGAGCCAGACCCCAUGCUGAGCACACACACCCAGCUGACGGGCACCAUUGCCACCCCUCCCGUCUGCUGUCCCCACUGCUCCAAGCAGUACAGCAGCAAGACCAAGAUGGUCCAGCACAUUCGAAAGAAGCAUCCGGAGUUCGCCCAGCUCUCCAACACCAUACACACACCACUGACGACAGCUGUGAUCAGUGCCACCCCCGCGGUUUUAACUACGGACAGCGCUACCGGAGAGACUGUGGUGACGACGGACCUGCUCACCCAGGCAAUGACAGAACUGUCCCAGACCUUGACGACGGACUACCGAACGCCACAAGGGGAUUACCAGAGAAUUCAGUACAUCCCUGUGUCGCAGUCGGCAUCUGGCCUCCAGCAGCCUCAGCACAUACAGCUGCAAGUGGUGCAAGUGGCCCCGGUAUCUGGGCAGCCAUUGAGUCCCUCAGCCCAGCAGGCUCAGCAGGGGCUCAGCCCCUCCCACAUCCAGGGCAGUUCUUCCACACAGGGGCAGGCCCUGCAGCCGCAGCAGCAGCAGAGUUCCUCUGUGCAGCACACGUACCUGCCCAGUGCUUGGAAUUCCUUCCGUGGCUAUUCAUCUGAGAUUCAAAUGAUGACCCUUCCCCCAGGUCAGUUUGUGAUUACAGACAGUGGUGUGGCAACUCCAGUUACUACUGGCCAGGUGAAGGCGGUUACUCCGGGUCAUUAUGUGUUAUCAGAAAGUCAACCAGAAUUGGAGGAAAAGCAAACUUCCGCCCUCUCUGGUGGAGUCCAGGUCCAGCCACCUGCACACAGUGACUCCUUGGAUCCCCAGACCACCAGCCAACAGCAGACCACACAGUACAUCAUCACUACCACCACCAAUGGGAACGGAAGCAGCGAAGUGCACAUCACCAAACCAUGACUUCCGCCCUGGAGCUCGAAUCCAGCACCCACCUCAUGUCUGUUCUCAUAAGUCUGAGAGCUCUGACACUUAGAGCUCUUUUGUAAGAUUUAUUAUUCACUCAAGAGUCUGAAAACGACAGUUUUGUCUCUCAUCCAUCCACUGGGGUUUAUUUUGCCAAGGUCAUCUUUAUCAAAUUGACGCUUCAAACCCUUCGUUUUUUGCCAUGGAACGGAGAUCUUUCAGGGGAAAGUAGAUUUCGAGAUGGAGAGAAUUUGCCCUGCUCUUGAGUUGGUCUUUUAACACACUGACAAGCCUUACUUUUCCUUUGUGGAAAUAUUAAGUGGCGUAUUGUGUUCAUAGCAAAGGUGGAGACAGGAUGUGCCAAGUCCAUAGUUACUGGACUUCUUAUUCCAAGCCGUGGCACCGAAGGAGAAGAGGCACUUUGUGGGUGUGUAUUAGGUCUGAACUGCUUUGUCUUGUUUUAGUUUUCAGUAAUUUAACAAAGGGAGCUUGUUGAAUAAGAAAAUGAAAUGAUGAAACAAAAGUUUUGACAGUGACGUUCUGAGGCAAAAACUGUCAUCUAAAUUUUUCUUGCUGAUUUUUUUUUUAACUUCCCUAUUUUAGAAAACUGUUGUUAGGCUGUUGGUAGUGCUUUCCACAGAUGCUGGUCCUCAGUGGAUUAGGUCAGAAGCUCAUGUUCUGAUAGUUCUUCAUUAUUUCACGAAGGUGGACUCCCUGAAAGAGAAAAGUCUGCUUGAUGGCAGCAAAAUCUAAACCCCUGCAUUAAAACUUUGCCUCCCAUUCUCUGGUUGUGGUGGUGGUAAGAAGGAGCUAUUGGUAUCAAGAAAAAUUACCAAAACUAGAUAGAGAGAGAGAGAGAGAGAGAGAGAAGAGAGAGAAUUGAAAUUUUGUUCUGCCUUGCAGGAUCCAUUUAUCAUUCAUUGGUAAAAGAUAUAUUCCUUGGCCGGGCGCGGUGGCUCAAGCCUGUAAUCCCAGCACUUUGGGAGGCCGAGACGGGCGGAUCACGAGGUCAGGAGAUCGAGACCAUCCUGG